AUUUUAGGAACGGGUGCCGCAGUCUCUUCCCAGACAUAAUCGCAAACGCGGCGCGGCAAUUCCGAAUAUUUUUAAUCAGCCAAACCGCUCGUCGUUCGCUUUUUCACUCGCGCAAUAUACCAACGGAGGAAUCGAGGGUCCGAGCCGCAGGCACGUCAAGUCAACUAAUCGCAAAACGAGUAUAUAAUGGCGGAUAACGUGCAAAACGGUUCGCCCGCGGCAGCUACGCCCCCCAGCGAAGGCCUCUCGGCCUUGAAGAUCGACGCCGGUGCCGAAGGGACCGGAAGUUCUGGGCCAGCGAGUCCGGCAAGCCCAGCUGGCACCGGAUCCUUCACAGCGAGUUUCAAAGCCUUCUCGAAGUUUGGUGACCCAAAAAGCGACGGCAAACAAAUAACGCUCAGUCAGAGUGACAAGUGGAUGAAGCAGGCCAAGGUCAUCGAUGGAAAAAAAAUCACCACCACUGACACGGGGAUAUACUUCAAAAAGCACAAGUCCGUCAAGCUGGGUUUGGAGCAGUACAAAGCGUACUUAGAUGAUCUUGCGAAGAACAAGAAAGUCGAUGUGGAGGAGCUCAAAAAUAAAAUGGCCAACUGUGGGGCGCCCGGAGUCUCGUCGCACGCGGCAGGAAAGGCGGCAUCGACGGUGGACAGACUGACGGAUGUGAGCAAGUACACGGGAUCGCACAAGCAACGGUUUGACGAAAGUGGAAAAGGAAAAGGGAUCGCAGGGCGAAAGGACCUCCCCGACCAGUCAGGCUACGUCACCGGGUACCAAAACAAGGACACAUACAAGGCUCAUUAACCGAAUUUGAAAUACUCUCGUGUAAGCCUUCGAUGAAAAUCCGCACAAGAUGCUUUAUUAUUUUUCAACAUUUCAAGCUCCGCCACGCGUGCUUUUUCAGGCACGAUCGAAAUCGGGAGCACCAAACGAGCUUUACAGUAAAUAAGUGCGGGACGAGCACAGCUACAUUACAGUUUCAGCAAUCGUAUAACCCAUCAGUGUGUUGUACAAGAUAAUGAGUAUUAUUAUCUAGACGAGGAUAAGAUUAUUCACGUACAAAUUCAUCUAGAUAAGAUUACAGAUAGUUUCUCGUGCAAUUGUCUCUAUGAAAUAUAAGAUCGUCUUCAUUUUCAUCUAUACAAU